UAUGAUUGGCUCUUGCAGCAACCGAUGUUUGUGUACAAAUUUUAGAUUGCCCUGGAUAGAACAGUUGGCGACUGGCCGCUGCCGUUAAGUUUUCAAAAUUGAACCUAGGAAUCCGCUGUUGCUUUUGCAAAAAGGCAGCACGGCCCUUCCUAGAUAAACGGCUUGUCAACUCAGGCCCAAUAUUUAGUCUUUCCAACAGGACUCUGUUGAAAUUUUAUUCCAUAAACUGUUUUGUUGUUUUUCAAUGAUCUGAUAGACAAUAGAACUAAAUAACAAAAAUGAAGCUUAGCCAUGUGCGGUGGGGCCUUUUAGGCCUGUUAGUUGUGAUAUGGACUGUGGAUGCUCAAUCUGAAGAUAAACCAACAAAAUGUAGGUAUAGAGGUGAAGAAUAUGAUGUUGGUAAACCAUUCAAACCUGAUCCUAUAAAUGUACCUUGUUAUACCUGUGAAUGUACACCAAAUCUAAACUCAAAUGGACAACUGGACGUAUUCUGUCGCACAGAGACCUGUGUUGCCUUAAACUGUAAAGAAGACACAAAAGAGGUCCGUUUGGAUGGAGACUGUUGUCCUACUUCAUGUGAACCCAUCUUGAAACAUCCCAAGUUUCCAGCUGCCAUUGAAUCUGGAAAGGUUAUAAUGGGGGAUGAAAAAUCAGGAGGAUACAAUGGAGGAGGAAACAUCUAUCCCGGACCCGUUGGUGGUGCUGUAAUGGGACCCCCUGGACCAAGAGGACCAGCCGGACCUGCAGGACCAGCUGGACCAGCAGGUUACCAAGGAGCAAGAGGGGAACCAGGAGACCCUGGACAACCUGGAUCACCAGGAGAAAGGGGAUUCCCAGGACCUGGAGGACUCCAAGGAUCAAAUGGUGAAGAAGGUUUACCAGGAGAACAGGGACCUACUGGACCAGUUGGAUCUUCAGGAAAUGCAGGACAACCAGGAAUGCCCGGCAUGCCAGGACCCAAGGGACACAGGGGAAUGUUGGGAAUGGCCGGAAAAACUGGUGAAGAAGGACGCUCAGGAGAAAAGGGACCACCAGGACCUAAUGGACCUCCAGGAAACCCAGGACCAUUGGGACCAAGAGGAGCACCAGGAGAAAGAGGAAGAGAUGGAUCCCCAGGAGCACAGGGAAUGAGAGGACAAGAUGGUAAUUCUGGAGAAUCUGGACCCCCUGGAUCAAUUGGAUCCCCUGGAGCACCAGGUUUCCCUGGUAGUGGAGGACCAAAGGGAGAUUCUGGACAAGCUGGACAAAGAGGAGACCAAGGAUUACAAGGACCUCCAGGAGUAGGUGGUUUACCAGGACAACCAGGAGAGUCUGGACGACCAGGAUCCCCAGGACGUGAUGGAGAACCAGGAGGAAAGGGGGAUGUCGGUCAAGCCGGAGCCCCUGGAAAUUCUGGAUUCCCUGGACCACAAGGACCCCCUGGCCAGGCCGGAGAACCAGGUAUUCCUGGAGCCGCUGGAGAGCAAGGAUUAGGCGGACAAGAUGGACGUAAUGGAGAUCCAGGAGAAAGAGGAUACCCUGGUGCCCCAGGUGAACCUGGUCUUGCAGGACUAGCUGGAGCAGAGGGAAAGAGGGGUGCCCCAGGAAUCCCCGGACCAUCAGGACCUUCAGGUGUAUCAGGAGAAAGAGGAUCACCUGGUCAAACUGGUGGCCCAGGACCACAGGGACCCCCAGGCGCCAAAGGACGUGAUGGAGAACGUGGACAAGAGGGAGAGAAGGGAUCACCAGGAGAAGCUGGUACCGUUGGAACACCAGGAUCACCUGGACCAGGAGGCCCAAGGGGACCAAUGGGACAAACUGGUAACGAAGGAAAGCCCGGAGCUCAAGGACCAGCAGGUCUAAAUGGAAAAGAUGGACGACCAGGAGAGCAAGGAAACUCAGGACCCCCUGGACCUCCAGGCCUGAACGGACAAACUGGAGUCCCAGGAGAAUCGGGACCCGGUGGUAGAGAUGGUGAGACUGGACCCGGAGGUCCAGCUGGACCAAGAGGGGAACGGGGUUCACAAGGAGAAGGAGGACCAGCCGGACCACCUGGAAAUUCUGGACCACAAGGAGAAAGGGGAGCUCCAGGAACUCAAGGAGAACCCGGUGUUGCCGGUUUGGCUGGAAUAUCUGGUGCCCCAGGAGAGUCUGGAAGAGCCGGAGAUCCUGGUACCCCUGGACCCCAAGGAGAGUCUGGAACCCAAGGAGAAAGAGGUGAACAAGGAUUCCCAGGAAAUGCUGGACCAUUAGGAAAACGAGGACCAUCUGGAGAGAGAGGACCUUCUGGACCCGCUGGAGAACCAGGAUCACUUGGACCACCUGGACCAAUCGGAGAGCGUGGUAAUACUGGAUCACCAGGUGUAGUAGGUUUGAACGGUGAUCGAGGACCAGCAGGACCCCCUGGAUCAAGAGGAGGAAGAGGAGCACCCGGAGAAAGAGGAAAUGAUGGACCAGUAGGUCAACCUGGUGAGGUAGGAAACCCAGGAACAACAGGACCACCAGGACCAUCUAAUAAUAUGCAACCACCAAAAGGAGAGCCCGGACCACCAGGAGAAAGUGGAGCCGAAGGAUUAAAUGGUGAAGCAGGUCCUAGAGGAUACCCAGGAACCCCAGGACCAGUCGGUCAACAAGGCUCACCGGGCCCACCAGGACCAGCUGGAGAAAUAGGAUCUGAGGGAAGAGCUGGACCACAAGGAGAUACCGGAGCCCGAGGAUACCCAGGAGAGCCAGGAGGAUUAGGUGAAGCGGGACGUGAUGGAAGUGAUGGUGAGCAAGGAGGUAAUGGAGAACCUGGACAGCAAGGACCUGCUGGUGCCCCAGGAUCCCCUGGCAGACCUGGUCCACCAGGACCACAAGGCCCACAAGGAAACACUGGAUUUAUGGGAGCCGCUGGAAAGAUGGGAUCAAGGGGAGACCGUGGAGAGACCGGCCCACCUGGACCAGGAGGAAGAGACGGUGAAUCUGGACCACCCGGUCAAAAUGGACAAUCUGGAGAUCGAGGAAAUCCUGGUCCAAUCGGACCAUCAGGUAUUCAAGGACCAUCUGGACCACAAGGUGAGAGAGGUCAACCAGGAUACCCAGGAGCUCAAGGCGAACCUGGACCCGGUGGUGAACAAGGACCACAGGGUCCACCCGGCCUUUCAGGAGAUAAUGGAAAAGAUGGAUACAGUGGACCACCCGGACCCCCAGGACCAAUGGGACAAAAUGGAAUGACCGGACCACCAGGUGAACCUGGAACUCCCGGAUUAAAUGGUAUGUCUGGAGCACCAGGUCGCCAAGGAGACAAGGGAGGACGAGGAAUCUCAGGAUCUCCUGGAUUACAGGGACCACCAGGACCUCAGGGACCAAAUGGACCAUUAGGAAAUGACGGACCACAGGGAGAACGUGGAGAGAGGGGUCAAAAUGGUGAAUCUGGAGUCCCUGGAGCCCCAGGACAACAAGGAUCAACCGGACCCUCAGGAGCAGCUGGUGCCACUGGAGAAUCUGGAAGACAAGGAUCUAAGGGAGACAAAGGAUGGCCGGGUAUGCCAGGAGGACAAGGGCUCCCAGGACCUCAGGGACCUGGAGGAGAAAUUGGUACAAGUGGACCACCUGGACCCCCAGGACCAUCAGGAAGCCCAGGAUCUCGUGGUAACUCAGGAAGAGAUGGAGAACCUGGACCACCUGGCCAACCCGGAGCACCUGGAGGCAGAGGACCACAAGGAGAUGAUGGAUCUACUGGACCACAAGGACCUCAAGGACCAGCAGGACCUCCCGGACCACCUGGUUAUGCACCAGCAUGGCCUCAACAACCAACUUAUGGAGGAAACCAAAACAAGGGACCAGAUCCAUAUUAUGGUGACGAUCCAAAGGCUACUCCACAAGUCAACGACGAUUUGUCUAGAAUUCAAGAAGCCCUCCUACGUACCAAAAAACCAAAUGGCAAGAAACAUAAUCCAGGUGUCACCUGCAAAGAUAUUCUCCUCCAGAACCCAGACUCUGAAGAUGGAUGGUAUUAUAUUGAUCCCAAUGGUGGAACCUUCAUUGAUGCUGUUGAAGUUUACUGUAGAAUGAAAUUAGAUGGAGAAACAUGUAUUCCAGCUUCACCUAAAACAUUUGAAGAACAAAGAUGGACCAAAGACACAAGAGCUCAAUGGUUUGGAAGUGAUAUUCUAGGAAGUUCAGAGUUUUCUUAUAAAAUAGAAGCUAUCCAGAUGAAAAUGCUUCAAAUGCACAGCUCAACUGCAACACAAAGAAUAACAUACAAAUGUUUGAACUCAGAUCCUAAAGGUGCUGUCCUUUUAUCCAGUGAUUUUGAUAAAUUAGAAACAGCAGAUAAAAAGCAGGAUAGAAGCUCAUCAGCAAGAGUAGAAACCUUUGGUGAUUGCAAGAAAAAUAACCAAUGGGGAGAGAUGGUCUUCGAUAUAAAAUCAGAAAGAUCAGAAGUACUACCUAUUUUGGACAUAAAACUCAAAGAUGUUGGACUUGAAAAUCAAGAAUUUUCUAUAAGCAUAGGAGAAGUGUGUUUUAAAACAUAAAUAAAUGACAUAAUACAUUUUUAUAGUUUAAUAAUAAAUUAGCUUGAAGUCAUGGCAGUAAUAUUUAUAUGGCAACUUGGAAUCAUGGCAAUGUAUAAAGCAAAAGAAAGAAAAUCAUGGCAGAAAUAAAAUGUGUACUGGUCCCUUGAUCUUGGUUUAGGUCAGGAGACCAGUAAGAUUAUACAUUAAGAUCAUCUAUGAACGGGACCAUAACAUAAUCAUUUAAGUGUUUUUCUGAAGCUCUUCUAUUACUUGUAUAAAUCAUGGCACAGAUAAUAAAAAAGUAAUUGAAGAUUUUCUGACACUAUUAAUGUAUAAAUUUGAAAAAAUCAUGGCAAGUAUUUAUUUUGUUUAAAAUUCCAUCAUGGCAACUUGAUAAUGUGGAUUACAUUGCAGAUAUUGUGAUGUGAUGAUUGUAUGUAGGUUUCCCUUUCAAUUCCGUCCAAAUGUGUAAGUGAGGGAGAGAGAAAUAGUAAAUGUGUGCAAUAUUUUAUUUUAUAAAAUUGAAUUGUAUUUUUAAUUGUUUAUAUGUUUAAGUCUUUCUCAAUAUGUAAUAUUUUUUUUACAUAUAGGAAAUUAUACUACAUGAAAGCUCAUUUUUUAUAACGAAAAAUCAGUCGUGCAUAAAAUCAGUCGUGCAUAAAAUCAGUCAUGCAUUAAAUCAGUCAUGUGUAAGAACUUAAUUCAUGAAACAUCAAAGACUUGUAUGUUAAAUGUGUAUUUUUUUUAAUAUGAUUACAUGUUGUAUUUUUAUAUUAACAGGAACGUUCUCUCAAGGAACUCAUUUUUUAUAUGUUUUACAGCAUCAUUUUAUUGCUUUAUUGAUAAUACAGUCUAUGGAAUAAAAUUUCAUAAAACUA